AUGUUUUGUUUUGGUCUAAGAUUUCUUUCCAAGGAUCAACUUUUUCAAAACAAGACUCAUUAAAUAGAACCAAUAAUAGUUCAAUAUUAUGGCUAUCAGUUGACAUAGGAGCUAGAUUACAUUAGCAAUUUUGUAAUUAACACUGACGACAUCAUUAGGCUAAAAAUUCAGAUAAACAUCUAAAUACUUACAGCUGUCAAAUUAUCAACAUAAUAGUAUGUAGUCUUUAAAGUCAAUAUCGUGAAGAAAAUGACUCUUGAUGCCAUGAAACUAGCGAAAAAGAAAGCUGUGUUUAUUGGAAAGAGAACUGAAUCUUAUAGAGAAUGGAAAAAUAGGAACUACCUAUAGUGCAUAAAAGGUGCUGAGAUUUCAACUAUUGUAAUUCCUGUAGUCAUUGAUAUAGAACCUUUUAAUGGGCAAACUGCUGCUAAGUAAUAUGCCAUUACUCCAAUAAUAUGGUGCAUGUAUGUUUGA